AUGGGUGCAGAAAACUGGUUUGGUAACUUGGAUCUGGCUUACAAAUAUGUUGUCGUCUUUGUGGGCUUGCUCGUUUUGGUCAUGGCAGCUGGUUUCAUCAAGGUACUCUUCGAUCGCAACAAGUUAAAGAAGGCCAGGGCAGCAGAGCUGGAGGCUGGACCCAAGGAAGACACGGUCGAGCUCAAUCAACGCGAAAAGGAUGAGGGAGAUUUGUUCGGUAUCCGGGCCAUUGAAGCCGGAUUCUAUGCUGGUGUAGCCCAGUCACGGCCGACGUCCAGAGCCGGAUCGGUCAUGAGCAUCCAGCACCCGAGCAUGAGCACUAGCACUCUGGUCGGGGGAAACGUCAGCUCGCCACUGAUGAAAGGGCAAAUGAACAACAACAACAGUAGCGUUCUUAGCCUACACCUCGGCGCUCCCGAUGCCAACCCGCAGCACAGAGCCUCUUCGCCGGGCAGCAAGCUGCUGCCCUCGGACGCCGAGCUCAACGGACGACGACACCACGGCGCAGUGGAUAUGUCCCUUCAGGUUCCUCCCUCUCCCUCCAGCCAUGCUCCCCAGCAUGCGUUUGGCGGUGGGCAGUCUCCUACGUUUGGUGGUUCCGACAGCGAAAGUGAUGGUUUCACGUCGCCACGCUCUCUGUCCCCUACAGGAGAUGGGCACGCGCAACACUAUGCACCGGCUCCUAGGAUUCCCAUGCCUGAUCCCCUUCGAGCAGCGUACGCGACUGGAGACGAGGCCCAAGGCCGGUCGCAGACCACCUCAUCUGACUAUUCGGCUGGACCCUUGCCUACUCCAUCCUCGUCGGGCAAACCACCUACUGGUCGACUGCCCACGAUACCCGGAGCAGCGUGGCGAAAAGAGUCGCGGUCUCCAUCGCCCGAGUCGGCCAAUCCGCAGGUGCGGGUUUACCAACCGAGUGGGUAG